AGACAGAGCUCCUGGAGUGUAGUUCGUUUCCUGUUCGUAAUAUUUAAUUAUAUAUUAUUGGUAUAACACGAUCGUGUGUUUUUCACUUUACACAUAUUGCGCAACAAAGAAUGAAUCUUUUUAAACUACUGCUACCAGUGGGCUUUACUCAUGCUAUAAGAAAUUUUUCAGUUGUAACUAUGAGUGGAAACGAAAACUAUAAGGAAGCGAAAUCGAUUUACGAUUUCACUGCGAAAUCCAUCAAAGGCGAAGACGUUUUUCUAUCUAAAUAUAAAGGACAUGUUUGUUUAAUCGUAAAUGUAGCGUCAAAAUGCGGCCUUACAGCAACAAAUUAUAAAGAAUUGAAUGAGUUAUAUGAUGAAUAUGCUGAAUCUAAAGGUUUACGAAUUUUGGCUUUUCCUUGUAAUCAAUUUAAUAGUCAAGAACCAGGAAACAGUGAUGAUAUAUGUAAUUUUGCUGAUCGACAAAAAGUUAAAUUCGAUUUGUUUGAAAAAAUUGACGUUAAUGGAGAUUCUGCGCAUCCUUUAUGGAAAUAUUUAAAAAAAGAACAAGGAGGAAUUUUGGGUGAUUUUAUAAAAUGGAAUUUUACAAAAUUUAUUGUAAAUAAAGAAGGCAAAGUGGUGGAACGCCAUGGUCCAAAUGUGGCUCCCAGUAAUUUGAAAAAUAAUCUUGAAAAAUACUUUUAAAUAUCUUGAUCUUAUAAUUACAAAUGUUUGCACUAAUAGUUUUUAUAAUCAAUUAAUAUAUGUAUCAAUUGCAAAUUAUUAUUAUGAAAAG